AUGACUAUUCAAGGAUGUGCAAUUUCUUCUCGUCCUACUAGGAUGGAUGAGAAUUUGGCGACAGCGCAAGGACAUAUCGUUUCUGUCAACAAGAUACUCACCGUCAAGGAUGGUGUAAUUCAUGUCCUUAUCACCGUCAAAUCUGGCAUCAUCAGUGUAAUAAAUAGUUCAGCUAGAUCUCCAUUGCAUCGCUCCUAUUAG